UUGACAACGAUUGGUAUUUAUUUUGAGGUUUGGUUUGCAAAAUAGUUUUUGGUUUCGGUUCAACAAUUAAUUAACUUAUUAAUUUAGAAAAAAAUGGAAAUAGCGGAGGUGCAAAAAAAAUGCGAUCUGUGCUACCAAAUAAAUUUAACAUGUAGCGUUUAUUUGGACGGCCGUCCGAUGGAAAUGUUGGAAACUGUUGUGAGCGAUUUUUUCGACAAAGAUUUUUUUCGCCAUUCCGAGAUCUGCCAAACUUGCGACGAUGUGCUCCGGAGCUCAUUCAAUUUCAAGACGAAGUAUUUGCAAAACAGGGAUGAAUCAGACGACUCCACGUUUCAGAUUAAACCUGGCCAAGCAUUUUGUAGGAUAUGUUCGACGACCAUUAACCAUAACGAAUGCAAAGAUUUGCUGCUUUCUGAUGGCAUCGGUAUGAUUGAAGCUUGUCUUCCAGGCCUGAAGUUUGCCCAAGGACUGUUUGUCUGUGCAGAUUGUCAAAGUAGUGUGCAGCUGUACCAACACUUUUUGUCACUGUGUCUGGAAGCAUUUCCACGGUCAAAGAAACGUCUUGGGAGGCGUUUCGUGAGGCGCAGAAAAAAAAAUAACACAGAUCGCCAGGUAAAAAGUAAAAAAAUGAGAACUAGGUCUAUGAAAAGUUGGACUAGUGACGAUAGUGUGUCGAGUGAUUGUGCGUGGCCCAAGAAGUGCAGUUUGAACAGUGACACGGAUUUAACUGAGGAUGAGGGCUCAAGGGCUUGCUUCCAGUGUAUGUAUUGCUCAUUUACCUGCCUUUCCGAAUGGAGCAUGUUGAAACAUGUGAGGUUGCACUACGACAGCGAUGCAGAGCUGUAUUCAUGCAGUUAUUGCGAUUAUUCAACCAUCCGCCUUAAGCAGAUCGAGAGGCAUCAACGAAAACACAAUACAGUACCGAACAGUACUGAACCAACGGAACCUGAGAGGAUUGAAUCUCCCCAACCGACGCACCACUGCCCCCUUUGCCCUUUCGAGUUUGUUGAGAUUGAGGACUACCUGCAACACGCUUGCACAAAUAAGUCAAACAAUGAGGGAAUGAAAAAAUCUUGGAGGGGGCUCGACGCAGGUGGUCACUUUGGGGACGGGAUGUUGAAAAUAUUGACUUCCAUCGAAAGCGGGUCACCCUCGGCGCCCCAUACAUGUCCGGCCUGCAGGGAGCGAUGCCUGACUGAGCAACACUUUAAGAUACAUUUGAACUACUGUGAUAAAUUGUAUAGGUGCAAUUUGUGCUCAUACAAGGGCGUGAAGAGCCAUGAGCUGGAGAUUCACAGCUGGUCGAUCCACGGAUUCGUCCCGCUGGUAUGCAAGUACUGCACCUACAAUACCGGGAUGGUGGAGAACUAUGAGGCGCACAUCCUGUUUGCGCACAAGGAAAGUACCAUCAGCGAUAUAUUCGAACCUGAGGAUGAUCCUGUGCCGGGUCUUUCCACGAUGCACCUUGGGCAACCCCAAGUGGUAGUCGACUUGGACUCGCUGGAGUCACGAGGCGGGCCCGGCCACGACGCGGUCGUGGUGGCCGCGGACGGUCUCGCGCCGCCAGCUUGCGAAACGAUCGAAAUCGCCGAGAGUGAAUCGGAUAGCGAGUUCAUCGAGACGUCGCUGAAGGAGAGCCAGCGGAGGGACGCGGAAAACGCGGUUGUCGCUCCACUUAACGCGACCGAGGUGCGCGUGGUAAGCGAGCUGGAAGCGUCCGAGCUGAUGUUGAGGGGCGUGCCACUCAUCAAACAUACGCAGCUCAACAUCGUCGCGACGAAUGGCGGUUAUAGCGGCGCUCAGGUGUCGGCCACCCGAUGCAAAGAUGGCUACUUCCGCUCCUCGGACCAGCUCAAACUUAAGCGACACCCGGGAGGCCAUCCCAAACGCAGACCCGUUACAUCGGUCGACCCGAAGGAUGCGACCGGGUGGAAGGAUUCCGCCAACCGCUUGGACGUGUCGAAAAAAGACACCAGUGCUCCGCCCAAAACUAAGACGCGAAACCGGUACCGCCCUUUAAUGAAGGGACUCGGCCAGAAAGCGUUCCGUUUGUUUACCAAAACUGUGUCCAAACAGUUCGCGGAACUGUAUCCGGGCCUUAAGAGCGUUGAUAUGUUCCAAUUGGUGUCAAAGACGUGGAGGAACCUCGGCGACAAGGAACGUCUCAGGUUCUAUGAGGAGGCGCGGAUAGAAGACGCGCUGCUAAAAAGGGAGCGCAAGGAAGCGGCGCAAACCGCAAACGAAGGAGUGCACAGUUGAGGGAGGGGGUUUAUUUGCUUUGUCGAUUAUUAUUAUUAACAUAUUUAUUUAAGUU